AUGACCUCCACUGACAGCGGCAACAACAACAACAACAACGGCGGGAGCCCCGCGCCCUCGGAGGAGGCGAUCGUGCGGCGCUACCAACAACUCCGGCAGGAGUGCCUCUCCCUCGUCUCGCGGAUUUCGGAGCUGGAGAACGAGCUGCACGAGCACAAGCUUGUGGCGGAGGCGCUGCGGCCGCUGAACGGGGACCGCCGCUGCCACCGCCUCGUCGGCGGCGCCCUCGUCGAGCGCACCGUGGCGGAGAUUUUGCCCGAGCUCGACGGCAACGUGAAGGGCAUCCAGGAGGCGCUGGAGCAGCUCAACAAGAUCCUCGCGGAGAAGCAGGCCGCGAUGGAGGAGUACGCCAGAAAGCACGGCGUGACGGUGGUCCAGCAGCACGGGCAGAACCCCGGCGGCGACCAGCGCGGCGGCACCGCAGCAAAGCCCGAGGGCGCAGAACAGCGGGGCGUGCUGGUGUGA